GUCCGACUCAGAACAACAGCAAAUCGUUCCUAGUUUGAUCGAUCAACCAACAAUGGAGUCUAUCGAUCAACAAACAGACAAAUCCGAUCUUACCGACCCAGAAACAAACGAGGCGGAUCCAGCUGUUCAACAAAUAAUCGAGUCCGACAUCACUGAUAACAAUUCCAGCAAUGAUACCGACGAUUCAGAAAACGAAUCUCAACAACAACAACAACAUGGACCUAUGAUUCAGGACUUGGGUCCUGAGGAUGAGAUCCAUGAAGAGCAAGGACCAGGACAGGAAUAUCAAGUUGAAGAACCAGUCGAAGGACCUGAAUUUGUUCAGCGGACUGCUCCACAGCAGGCCGUUCCACAGCUGCCAGGCGGACAAGCAGGCAAUGUCGUUAUAAAACACUUUCACCACUAUCACAGCCGAACACUGCAUUACCAUGUGGCCCCGGUUUAUCAUGGCUCAGUGAUAAAAGGAGACAUUAUUGGGUCUAAAUCAGAAAUUAAAGAUGCAAACAUUGGAGCUGUAGGAGGGUCACAACCUCCUGCAAUCGGUGGUCCAGGGGGACAAGCAGCCUUAGCCUGGCUUGGUGGAGGAGCAUCUGGUAGUUCCCAGGUACCUGCAAUAGGUGAUCCCGAACAACGACCUGCUUUACCUUGGCACGAAGAAGGAGAAAGAGGAGCGCUUCAUCCUGGUUCAGUCAGCAAUCAACCUCUCGCACUGCUCGCACUGGAAGCGCAGAUAUCUUCACCAGGGAACGAACAGCUGGAAGAGAUCGAGGCGACAGUGCCAACCAAUGAACCAGAAGUAAUAGAUUCAAUAAAGCCAAAGAAAAAGGCGAAUAGAGCUGGAAUCCCCACUGCAUCAAAUCCCGAAAUACAAGAAGCAUUCCCACUAAUUCCACCUGAACCUUCAAAUAGACGAGAUGUGGCAUCUGGAGCAAGACCAAAAACAACAGAUAAACAAGGGUCACAACCUCCAGCAAUCGGUGGCCCAGAGGGACAAGCAGCCCUAGCCUGGCUUGGUGAAGGAGCAUCUGGUAGUUCUCAGGUACCUGCAAUAGGUGGUCCCGAACAACGACCUGCUUUACCUUGGCAUGGAGAAGGAGAAAGAGGAGCGCUCCAUCCUGGUGGCAAUCAACCUCUUGCAUUGCCCGCACCAGAAGCGCAGAUAUCUUCAUCAGGGAACGAACAGCCUGAAGGGAUCGAGGCGACAGUGCCAACCAACGAACCAGAAAUAUUGGAUCCAAUAAAGCCGAAGAAAAAAUCAAAGAAAAGGCCAAACAGAGCAGGUUCCAAUCGAGAUCCAGAGCCUGUUCCUACUUCACGUUCAUCUGUGGAAAGACGUUUCAUUGACGAAGAGACAUUGAAUGCUAAUGUAACGACACCUAAAGUAGUUGGAAUCCCUACUGCAUCAAAUCCAGAAACACAAGAAGCAUUCCCACUGAUUCCACCUGAACCUUCAAAUAGACGAAAUGAAAACGAAACAUCUGGAGCAAGACCCAAAACAACAGAUCAACAGAGUCGACCAACAGCUGGACAGAUAGAACCAAGGAAGUCUCUGCCGCAUCCAGAACAGAUUGAAACGAGGAAUUCCAGGGACAGUCAAUCAGCUCUCGAUCCCUCUGUAAGUUCGGCCAGUCAUGAACCGCUUAUACCAGGACCACGAGCAUCACUUUCAACCAACGAACAAUUACAAGCGGCAGUGACGCAAGAGCCAGCCAAUGAGCAGGUGUUGGAUUUCCUAAAACCGGAGAAACGUACCAGCAGAAAAGAUCGACCAUCGGUGCGAUUUUCACCUCAAGAUGAAGUCGAGGAGAGAAGUUUUGUUGGUGAAGAUACUGAUGUAACAAUUCCUAAAGCUAUUGGAAGUCCUACAUCACCAAGUCCAAUAUACGACCGAGAUUUGCAGCAAGCAAUUCCGUCUCCUGGAAGAACGGAGCAUCAACAUAGGCGCAAUGUGAACAUACAAUCAGGAGCAAGACCUAAAACUACAGGCGCCGGUAUGCGAGUCAGAUAUUUGCCAGAACAAGAUGAAACAAGUGAAGAUGAAACAUCUGAAGGAAUCGAUAGUGAAAACGAACUAUCCGACAUUAUCAAAGAUUUUAUCAAAUAUAAAAAAUACGUCUCUGAAGAAAAAUCGCUGUUUACAAGAAAAUCAGAAAGAAGAAAGUCUAGAGACCGAAAGACCACCCAUCAAGCGCCAACUACAUCGAGAUCUCGGUCAACGGGUUCUCGUCGCCAGAGAAAUGAAAGACAGUUUUCAUCGACAAAUCGUGUGAGAUCAAAAAGUGCAGAUGCCAGAUAUUUGUGGAGCUUGGAUGAAGCAAGCGGAAGUGGAGAUUGUGGGGAAUCGAUACAUGUUAUUGAUCCUGCAAAAGAGAGUGACAGUGAAAGUGAAUUAUCCAGCAUUGCCAAAGACUUCGUGGCCUACAUAAAACAUAAAACUAACCCAAAGUUUUCAAGACAGAUAAAUAAAAGUUAUUUUGAAGACCGAUCCUUCACCAACAAUUCCUCGCAAGAGUGCCAAGUCAAUCUCGAUCGUGAAAGAGACGGAAUGAACCCAACAGAUCAGACACAACCGAGUGGUAGAGAACUUCGUGUAAAGGAACGCGAUACAAGUGACAAACAUUUACAAACAGAUGAUCCAAACUAUAAUAAAGAAUAUGAGACUUCGGUAUUGAAAAUGACUGAGAUUUACAAGAAAGAACGGGAUAUACAAACAUUAAAAGAGUUUAAGCCUCUCUUGCCUUUCAUUGAAAUUUUCUGGACUAAGAUUUUAUUUAAAAUGACAAUGGCUGGUUACAAUCGUCCAUCCGGGGCUCCGGAAAAACUAUGGUCAAAUUUCACAGAUGAAAUUACUUGUGAUCGAGGUUCAGAAAUAACAAUGAAACCGUACAUUUCAAAAAUAAAAGACAUCAUGAAACUAGGCGAAGAAUUCAUUUCCAGCGGUAAAUACAUUCAUGCUAUAGUCGCGUUCUAUGCAGCUGCUAAACUUCACCGACAAAGCGGAAAAGGCAAUGAGUCAGUGAAAGAUGAUAUAUGGACUUGCUUCGAUAGAGCAGGGUUUGUUGCCGAAAAAAUGCAAAAGUCUGUGCAAACUGCAAAUGUUGCCAAGAAUCACGUGAUUCCAAUUAUGCAUGAAAUGACUGACUUUCUGAAGCCUAUUCACAGUCAAAGUCAAUUUGCAGAAGAACUGGAAAAUAAAUCAAAAGAAUUUGUCGAAGAGAAGAAAUUCAUUUCAGCCACAGUCGCAUUAUACGUCGCAGCCAAACUGCACAAGAAGACAACUGAAGGCGAUGACUCAGCUCGUGGUGUUCUGUCAUGCAUUGAACAAAUAAGCUUAGUCAUGGAAGAAAUGAUAAAGCAGAAACAAACAAAAACUUUAAGUCACGUGAUAUCACUCAUUACUGAAAUGAUAGAUUUCUUUGAAUUGAUAGAAAUAACAAACUACAGUCAGUUUAUCAAUGAAAUAGAAAGCAAAGCCAAAGAAUUCGAUUCAGAGAAAAAGUUUAUUCAAUCUGUAGUUUCAUUCUACGUCGCUGCUAAACUGCAUGGACUUGAUAAUAAAGGAGAUCAAUCGGUGAGAGGAAUUGAACAAUCUGUUAACAAAAUACGACUCGUCGUUGAAAAGAUGACAAAACAACAUUCAAUGAGAAAUAUUGUCAAAGAUCACGUGAUACCACUCAUGCAUGAACUGUUAGAGAUUGUACAAACGAUAAAAGGUUCGACUCAAAAAGUCAGAGUAGAGGGGGAGGCUUGUUGUUUAUUUAACAUCGGUCUUUGCUACGAUGACUGCGAUGAAUAUCAAGAAUAUGCGAACAUAAACAAUUCCGCUAUUAUACUCAUAGAAAGGGAACUUGAAGAACCUCAAACAUAUCAGAUAUAUGGACUUUGUCUUAAUAAUGCAGGAGCAGCGUAUGGUAAAAUGGGAAAUAUAGAGAAAGCGGUUGAAUUGUAUAAAAUGUCGUUGGAAGCGAAGAUGAAUGCUGAAGAUCAUUCAUGUGAUAAAGAUAAGAAUGAAUCUAUUGAAUUAACAAGAAAUAAUUUGAGAAUUGUUGAAUUCAAGUUGCCCAAAUAGGGUUAUCGGUUUAGUGAAAUUAAGAUCGAUCUAGUGUGGACCGAAGAUGAAUCGCACUAUGUUGGAAUCGCAAAGAACUCGAAUCCCAUCGCCUCACCCAGUGUGUCAAUAAGUCCGAGACAGAAAGAUUUCGUCUAUAUAAUAAUAGAAGCUUUUUAUGUAUCAGUGGAUGCUCGCACAAAGCCUUGUUGCGAGCGAAAAUGUAAAAGUAUGAAAAAAAUAAUAUCUAUGUAUCUAUGUAUGUAUUUAAUAUCUAUUUUGUAUUUAGUGAUAAAGUAUUCGAUUAAAUUUUCAAAGUCUGCUUGAAAUAAAUUUAAGAGUUGAAAGAGCACGGCAUAUAUCUUGAUGCAGCAAUCAGAUUCUUGUGCUAGGAUAAAACUUCUAUAUGAUUAGAUUUUAUCGUGAUAGCAUUAAAAAUUCAAAAAAUCAUUUGACAUGAAAUACAAGUGAUUUUUACGCUUUUGCGAUUUACAGCAAACUUUGUUUUAUGGUUAUUUAUCAAUUUAUAUGAAAUUCGAGUUUACUUUACAAUUUGUUUAACAGUGAUUUACUGAUCUCCAUAUUACCAAUACGCUGUUCAUUGUAUUUUAUUAUAUUUUGUAAAGCUCUCAUUUUGUAAAUGAGCAAAACCAUGUGUGGUCCAUUCUAAAAUUCGAAUCCAGAUCUUCCCGCUGACACUAGAUUUUCUUCAUAUCCUUCCUACUUCGAGGGGAGAUUGUUGACUCUAAGUCCGAUUGACCUCUUAGUUCUGAACGCCAGAAUACCCAUCCCUGACUUAGGAACUCCAAAAAUAGGAUUCGUCCCAAACAAUUAUAAAAAUUCAAAUCUGUUUCUCUAGUUUUGUUUCUUGUUUGCAGCGAUUUUAAAAUCGAGAUUUGUCGUUACAGCGGACUAUGAAUAGCUCGAUUGAAAGUCAACAGUUACUCCAGGUCAAGUUAAAUAUUGCCAACUGUCAUGAGAUUUCUGAUUUCGUUUUGGAUAUUUUCAACCUCCCAAAUUACCUUUUACAGAG